GGCCGCCGCGCGCCUCUCACGGCGUUGGUUUUGUGUUUUCAAAAUAUUUUCUUUUUCCUUCCUCCUUUUAUUUUUUUUCCCACCCUCCCCACACGUCUUUUCCCGAAGUCUCUCCCCGCUCUGCCUCCGCCGCCUCCUUUCCCUCGCCGCUGCCAGCGCCGGGACGCUGCCCCGCCGCCCGCAAGGAAGAGGCGGCCUCUCCCCGCCAUCCAUCCCUCCCUCCCCGCCUCCAUCCCUCUCUCCCUCCCUCCAUCCCUUCCCCGCUCCUCCCGCCGCCCGGGACUCGCCCCGAACCGGGAGGGAGACGGUCAGUGCCCGCUCCUCCUCCUGCUGCUGCUCCUCCUCCUGCAGCGGGGGCCGCAUCCUGCUGCCGGGGGGAGGGAAUUGAUGUGGAUACCCAGCGCAGCACCACCAUGCAGCCGCCGCCGAGGAAGGUGAAAGUUACACAAGAGCUGAAAAACAUUCAAGUUGAGCAGAUGACAAAGCUUCAGGCCAAGCAUCAGGCAGAAUGUGACCUACUGGAAGAUAUCAGAGCAUUCAGUCAGAAAAGAGCUGCAAUUGAGAAAGAAUAUGCACAGAGCAUUCAGAAGCUGGCUAGCCAAUACUUAAAGAAGGACUGGCUUGGGAUAAGAGCUGAGGAACGAAGUGAUUAUAGGAGCAUGUACUCAGUUUGGAAAUCACUCUUGGAAGGCACCAUGCAGGUGGCCCAGUCCCGACUCAAUAUCUGUGAGAACUAUAAAAACUUAAUUUCUGAACCAGCCAGGAGUGUCCGGUGCUUUAAGGAGCAGCAGCUGAAGAAGUGCGUGGACCAGCUGACAAGGAUCCAAGCUGAAUUGCAGGAGACAGUCAAAGAUUUAGCUAAAGGCAAAAAGAAAUAUUUUGAGACUGAACAGAUGGCUCAGGCGGUGCGGGAGAAAGCUGAUAUUGAGGCCAAGUCCAAACUUAGUCUUUUUCAGUCAAGAAUAAGCUUGCAGAAGGCAAGUGUGAAGUUAAAAGCCCGAAGAUCUGAGUGCAAUUCCAAGGCAAUCCAUGCCAGGAAUGAUUAUCUCCUCACUUUAGCAGCUGCCAAUGCACACCAGGAUCGCUACUACCAGACAGACCUGGUCAACAUCAUGAAGGCUCUUGAUGGAAAUAUAUAUGAUCACCUUAAGGAUUAUUUAAUGGCAUUCAGCAGGACUGAACUAGAGACAUGCCAAGCUGUACAAAACACAUUCCAGUUUUUACUGGAGACUUCCAGCAGGGUGGUGCGGGAUUACAAUCUGCAGCUGUUCUUACAGGAGAACUCAGUGUUCCACAAACCUCAGCCCUUCCAGUUCCAGCCCAGUGACAGUGACACUAGCCGGCAGCUGGAAUCCGAGACGGGGACGACGGAGGAGCACAGCCUGAACAAGGAGGCGCGGAAAUGGGCGACGCGGGUGGCGCGCGAGCACAAGAACAUCGUCCACAGCCAGAGGACCCUGGAGGAGCUGGAGUGCCACGGGCCCGUGAUGUCCGAGCAAACCCGAGCGGAGCUGGAGCAGAAAAUUGAUGAAGCCAGGGAGAGCAUUCGCAAGGCUGAGAUCAUCAAGCUGAAGGCAGAGGCGCGGCUGGAGCUGCUGAAGCAGAUCGGGGUGUCGGUGGACACGUGGCUCAAGAGUGCCAUGAACCAGGUGAUGGAGGAGCUGGAGAGCGAGCGCUGGGCCGGCCUGCCCGCCGUCACCAACGGCCCCGCGCACCUGGUCAAUGCUGAUGCAGAAAAGGAAGAAGGUGAGGAGUUUGAAGACAGCAUGGAUGUUUUUGAUGACAGCAGUUCUAGUCCUUCUGGUACUCUCAGAAAUUACCCUCUCACCUGCAAAGUUGUUUAUUCCUAUAAGGCUUCUCAGCCAGAUGAGCUGACCAUAGAGGAGCACGAGGUGUUGGAGGUCAUUGAAGAUGGAGAUAUGGAAGACUGGGUAAAGGCACGGAACAAGGCGGGCCAGGUGGGAUAUGUGCCCGAGAAGUACCUGCAGUUCCCAACCUCCAGCAGCCUGCUGAGCAUGCUGCAGUCCCUGGCUGCGCUGGACACCCGCUCCCACACCUCCAACAACUCCACGGAGACUGACCUGCUGCCAGGCAGCCUCAACGGGGACUCCAGCGUCUGUUUUGUAAAAGCACUUUAUGAUUACGAGGGGCAGACAGAUGACGAGCUGUCCUUCCCAGAGGGAGCCAUCAUCCGCAUCCUGAACAAGGAAAACCAGGAUGAUGAUGGAUUUUGGGAGGGAGAAUUCAACGGCCGCGUCGGGGUCUUCCCCUCCGUGUUGGUUGAAGAGCUCACAGCCUCAGAGAAUGGAGAGACUCAGUGGAUUGGGGAUAUCCAGGUAUCCCCCACUCCAAAGGCCAACAACUCGCUGCCACCACUGCCUCUGUAUGACCAGCCUCCCAGCAGUCCCUAUCCCAGCCCGGAUAAGAGAGGAUCCCAGUUCUUUCCCAGAUCUCCAUCAACGAACGAAAACAGCUUUGGUUCAGAGUCCCCUGGAUUCUCCCAGCCUCCACGAAUUCCUCCAGAAAGUUCCUAUGGCAAACUGCGGCCUGUGCGAGCAGCUCCACCCCCCCCGACACAGCAGCACCGCCGGCCCACGGAGAAGAUCGAGGACGUGGAGAUCACUCUGGUCUAACGAGGGGACUGGCUAAUUAGUAGUGCUACAAUCAAGGCCAAACACAGCUUUUGGUCAAUCUCGUUUUUAGGCACCUUUGCAUGAUGAAGACUUGGACUAGAGCAGCGAUAGGGAGGAUUUUAUGUGGCAGUGACCUGGCGGAUUCCUUCCCACAGUCAUGAAUAUUUUGUGCCUUUUGUUUUUUUGGUUGUUUGUUUGGAUUUCUCUACGUCAUUCUUCCUCUCUUAGCACAAACCAAGACAGGCCAAGAUUGGCUUUUUUUCUUGGCUGAAGAUGCUCCAUUUUUAUGUGGAGACAAAGAAAGAGCCCUGUUCAUGCAGCUUAGUCUUAGCAUCCUUUGCUCCUGUGCAUUAGUACAGUAUAUUACUGUUGCCAUAGGAAUGUGUUAAAGAUUGUGGAUCCUUCCAGUAGCAUCACCUGCCUGAUCAGGUAUUCAUCAGAAGAAUGAAAAAGGGAACAGAAAAAGAAGUCUAAAGGAGAGGCUGGCUCCUCUUGAAUCCCCCUGCAGAAAGGAAGAGACGGGAAAAUGAUCUCCUGGAGAAGCAAAAGAGUUCGUUCCAUGGGUGCUCCCCUUGUCAGUGAUUCACAGCUGAACAUUCUGCCUUUGGAUUUUUGUGUUUACUCAGUGCAUUUACUCGUAGAGGAUCUAACAUGGAGGUGCUGAACCAGCAGCAACAUCUUCUUCCACAGCUGAAACCAACGGGUAGAAAAGCAAAAAAGCAAAUGAGAUUUUGUCUAGAUCUGGAAAUUGAGCUGCUUUUUCUUUUUUUUCUUUUUUUUUUCUUUUUUUUCUUAGCAGAUUUGGGGAUUUUGGUUUUUUUGUUGAGUUUGUUUUAUUUUCUUAAAGCAUUUGGGUCACUCGCCCCAGUUAUUGCUGUGUACUUUAUUAUCCAAUGUUAGCAGUGUAUCCUUGUCAUCAAACCACCUGAGUUCUAGAGUUAGCAGUUGCAUUUAGAGUAUUUACAUGCAUUUAGUUGUUGCAUUGGAUGGUCCUGUAGCCUUUUCCCACCUCAAUCCCAUUAACCAGCCAAAGCCAGGGAGCCAGGAGCAGCUCCAGGUUCUGCCUUCACACCACCUUCGUGCCCAAGAUGUGCCCAAUUCCUGUCAGAAAAGAAACUGAGAGGAAAAGUUUCACAUUCCCCUCAGAGAGCUCUGAAAAGGAGCUUGGAUUUUGGUUUUUUGAGAGAAAAGGGCAAAGAAUAUUCUGAAGUUGAACGUGGAGUGGAAUGGUUGGAGGAGAGGAAAAAACUGGAUGAAAACAGGUUUUUCUUUGGUACUGACUAAAAUAUUGUCAGCAUUCUCCAUCAGAUGAAAACUUCAGAUCAAAGUCAUCCCAAGGCUGGGUUUGGAGCUGUUUAUGGGUUCUCAUGUGUCUUCAUGAUUUUUUUUUCAAAGCCAGUAAAUUUUCUACCUUUAGUUUACUAACAAGGGCUAUUUUUUGAGGCUGCAUUUCGAACAAAAACCCAACGACUCACCUAACAAGAUGUUAUCUUAAACUUUGCACAUACUUGGAAAUCCCAACCCAGGCUGGGUCUCUGAGACAUCCAGUGCUUGCCAGUCUCCUUUCCCUGUGGGAUCUUCAACCAAGAGUGGGGCUGUCGACGAUUCAUGGAUCAGUUAUGGAAUCAGUGACUGUCCAAUGAAGUCUUUUCCAUAUUAUUCCUUCUUUUGCACCUCUUGUCCUGUUGAUCUGUUUGAGGUCUUUUUAUGUGUUUAUCAAACUUAUUCUUAAGUUUAAAAAGAAAAGUUUAAAAAAAAAAAAUUACUGUUUGCAAACAUUUUGAGAUCUUCACAAUGCAGAAGAAAACCAAGUUUUUGCCAUAAUGUUCAUGUUCAAUUCUUUUGGCCAGUUUUUCUGUGUCCUUCAAACCUGGACUUUCAAAAAUCCAGAAAAUUUUUAUUUAAAAGUCUCUUUAGUUGUAUUUUAAAAUAUUUUCUGUAAGAGCUGCUAAUUUUAUUUAAAAAAUGAAAGUGAAAAAAAGCAAAAAAAAAAAAAAAAAGAAAAAAGAAAAAGGAAGAGAAGUUGUAAAAAGAUGCCUCCUUUUUAACUAUGAUUUCUUCAUACAGGGCAUGUAUCGGCCGUCGCAUCGUGUACAGCUCAGUACACCCUGAAAGCAUCAGUGCAAAUGCUUUCUUUAUAUUGGCUGUAAAAAGUUUGUAUUUAUUAUGUAUAAAAAGUUGAAUAAUAAAAAAGUGGAACUAAA